AUAGAAUGCGGCAUGCAAGAAACUGUCUUCCCUGCCCGCAUAUUCGAUCUCCCCUGAACACGAGGCAACGGAACUCGGCGCCUCGUAUCAACGGAGGAGAAUCAAAACCGCGCGGGGUCCAGGUGGAAUAGAAAAGUCUCGGUCAUGGCACACGAAACCAUUCCAGCUCGCUGGGUGUGGCAGAGCUGCUUAUCAGCCAUGCGAGCCAUGUUUGAGGCGUUUGUCUAUUUUGCUCUUUGUCUUGGUCAUCCAUUGUCUAUAUGUGGUAACCAAGAUGGUGUCUAUAAGUUUGGUAUUAUUGCUUUGGGAAUCUGGGGAGGGAGCGUGACAUCAUCACCAACCACGGUCAAGACGGUCUAGAUGAUCAUGGUCCUCUGGCCCACCAAGGUGCCAAAUGAGUGAGAGCCGAAAGGGAUAUAACACA